GAAGCAAGGGAUUCUGCAAGGAUGGGCUAGAACGCUAUCAGCUGCUGGCCGGGGGGCCUGGUUGUGUAGAAAACUGGGGUUGGGAUAGGCCUGGACAUUUGUGACCUUGGCAUUUUGUGUAGCCUUGGGAGAUGGCUGCCUGCAAUUCGAGGCCUGUGUGGACAGUCUUUUCUAGAAGAUUCCACCCUUGAGUGGCAAGAGAGUGGAUGUGGGCAGGGAGUUAGAGGAGGAGGAGGAAGAGCAUUUUCAAGUCUGUUCGAUUGGAGCCUGGGCUCUGGGUUCAGAAAUCCCCACCCACCUUGAACUUGUUGCUUAACCUCUCAGUGUAAAAUGGAGAUGAUGCUGGCCGUACUUCCUCAGGGUCGUGUGAAAAGUAGGGGCGGUGAUGCCUGUGAAAGAACUCAACCCAGCACUAAAAAAAGAGCUUCGGCCAUCAGCUGAGUAGACUGUCAAAGCCUUUCCAGCUGUCUGUAGGGUGCUGCUCCCCACCUGCAGGUGGACCGGCAGUCCCAAUUCAGAUCUGUGCGACCUCAAAGCCUACUGAAUGAAACAUCACGACCUGCAACAGCCCCGCAGGAGAGAGGGAUGUGCCGGGCCUGAGUGAUGGAGAGAGACUGACAGGGAGGUCUGCGACCGUGGGCUCCACGUCUUGCUUCUCGGAGCCUGCAGAAUUCCUGGCAGGCUGCCCUAAGGACUCCCAGGGACAGCCUCACCCAGCUCGUGGUAGACGUGCCUCGGCCCGCUUUCCCUGCCAAAGUCCGUCCACCUCCCCCUGGGCUGCUGAGACCCAGCACCCGUGGUCUCCUCUUUGCUUUGUUCGCCUCAGGACAGGGAAGUGGUGGCGCCUGACCUGAGCACAUAGCCGCCUAUGACUUCCGGAGUGGGACAGCAGGGAGAGGCCCCUACAGAGGCUGCGUUCCAAAAACCUGGGACUUCAAAGGAGGGGCGGGCCUGUGUGGUUCCUGUGAUGGCCGGGCAGUGCCACCGCCGGGGUGGGGGCUUCAGAAGAGGCUGCCGGUUGCCUGGUCAGAGGGUCGCAGAAUCGGAGUGCCCAGAGACCACCCCUUGCAACUUCUUCUUUCGCAGAUGGGUUAACCGAAACCCAUGGUGAGGAAGUGACUUUCACCUGAGAUCACCCAGACGCUCUGGACGGCACCUAGAACUUUUAGAACCUGCUUCAAGGACCCUGGGGCUUUCCGCCAGGAAGCCUGCAGUCACCAUCCAGGGGAAUUUUUUUUCACCACAAAGGGUAAUUCCUGCCCCAUCCCGGCCGUGACUCAGCUGUGACGUUGAACCACACACGCUGGAGAGAAGAAGAUAAAGUCGUCAGACUCCUGCGCACCAGACAGAGUGGCCCAGGCCAGAGCCCGGCUCUCCUCUCCUCACAGGCCCUUGAGGGCCAUCAGGGAACCCCAAGAUGGCCUCGAGCUCAGCCAGCAGCCCCCGCCCGGCCCCCGAUGAGAACGAGUUUCCCUUUGGGUGCCCCCCCAGCGCCUUCCAGGACCCGGCAGAGCCCAGGGCCCUGUGCUGCACAGCCUGCCUCGCUGAGAACCUGAGGAACUGUGAGGACCGCAUCUGUCCUGCGUGCAAAGGGGACAACCCACCCUCUGUGAGCCCAGGAAGCCUCCGGACCCAGGAGAAGAUUCACCCCGAGGUGGCUGAGGCUGGAGCUGGGUGCCCCUUUGCAGGUGUUGGCUGCUCCUUUAAGGGAAACGCACAGUCCUUGCAGGAGCACGAGGCCACCUCCCAGGCCUCCCACCUAAACCUGCUGUUGGGGUUCAUGAAACAGUGGAAGGCUCAUCUGGGCUCUGGCCUGGGGUCCGGGCCCAUGGCCUUGGAGCGGAACCUGUCAGACUUGCAGCUGCAGGCCGCCGUGGAGGUGGCAGGGGACCUGGAGGUGGACUGCUACCGGGCACCGUGCUCCGAGAGCCAGGAGGAGCUGGCCCUGCAGCACCUCAUGAAAGAGAAGCUCCUGGCCGAGCUGGAGGGGAAGCUGCGCGUGUUCGAGAACAUUGUCGCCGUCCUCAACAAGGAGGUGGAGGCCUCCCACCUGGCCCUGGCCGCCUCCAUCCACCAGAGCCAGCUGGACCGCGAGCGCAUCCUGAGCCUGGAACAGAGGGUGGUGGAGCUGCAGCAGACCCUGGCCCAGAAGGACCAGGCCCUGGGCAAGCUGGAGCAGAGCCUGCGCCUCAUGGAGGAGGCCUCCUUCGACGGCACCUUCCUGUGGAAGAUCACCAACGUCACCAGGCGGUGCCUCGAGUCUGCCUGCGGCAGGACCGUCAGCCUCUUCUCCCCAGCUUUCUACACUGCCAAGUACGGCUACAAGUUGUGCCUGCGUCUGUACCUGAAUGGGGAUGGCACGGGCAAGAGGACCCACCUGUCUCUCUUCAUUGUGAUCAUGAGAGGGGAGUACGACGCCCUGCUGCCGUGGCCUUUCCGGAACAAGGUCACCUUUAUGCUGCUUGACCAGAAUAACCGGGAGCACGCCAUCGACGCCUUCCGGCCGGACCUCAGCUCUGCGUCCUUCCAGCGGCCCCAGAGUGAAACCAACGUGGCCAGCGGCUGCCCUCUCUUCUUCCCCCUCAACAAGCUGCAGUCACCCAAGCACGCCUAUGUGAAAGAUGACACCAUGUUCCUCAAGUGCAUCGUGGAGACCAGUGCUUAGGGCGGGCAGGCAGGGCUCCUUGGGGAGCCGAGUGAGAUGACUGACUUAUGCCCUUGAUGUUCAAGAGCACAGGGGUGCACCAGGGCUCGCAUGACCUGAGCAGGACUGGCAGGUCGACCAGCUGGCUGUCCGCUUGGAGUGCUGGGCAGCAUUGCUCCCUGAGGCUCCAACCAUGGCACCCAGAGGCCUGGGAGCCACUCCAGCCCUGACUGUUGAAGUGGACUUGGCCCAAGAUGGGGAGAGGAUGGGACCCGGCCUAGGGCACGGGUGGUGACUCGGAGCUGUAGGAUCUAAGCGGAGGAGCUCCUGGGGUAGGCAGAUCUAUAUAGGGACCCCACAGAGAGCUGGCAGUGUGUUUGCUCUUCCUGCCCAGGGUUAGACUGGGGCCGAAGGGACAGGGUGCCAGUGUGACCUCAGUCUGUCCAAGCCGUGACGGAGUUUCCCAUCACUGGAGGCAAACAAGCAAAUCCAGAGGCCUGCACUGCGGGGGUGGGGAGGGCACUGAACUGGAAGUUGGGAUUUGAAGAGCUUCACAGUUCUUUCCAGUCCAGAUGGUCUGGGCCUCCCUGACCCUGGUGAGCCUUCCAGGCUGGAGGGUUCUGGAAACACUCAGGAGCCUCCUGCCGUCAAGUUCCCCACUCACAUCUGGGACCACAGGCAGGCUGGGCUGGCUGCAGCGCACCUGCCACCCCAGGCCUGGCAGCUUAGGCUCCCGCCACACAGGGGCAUGCACAUGCCCAGGGCCUCCCCGGGCUGAACGCCCCUGCAUGCCAUCCAGGGGAGACCAGGGGAGUGGUGCUCUCCAGAAUCCCAGGUCAGCCGGUAAACUGAGGCACUCCUCGACCUUGACCAGAACCUCUGCGCCACUGGACAGAGGUCGUCCUUAUAAAUAUGUAUUAAAAACCAAAAGAAUUUUUUUAAAAAUCUCUUCCGAGGUUUCAUCAAGUGUGCAGUUGGAGUUGGUGGCACUGAGCGAGUUUGAAGAAGCCCGUUGCUCUGUUGCUGAGUUCCAGGUGGUGCCGUUGGUAUUGCAGGGGGCGUCAGAGCCUGGUGUGCUGGCAGGAGCAUCCUCUCUGGCCUCAGUCUUCCCUUCUGUGCAAUGGGGGGAUGCCCCCAGUCUGUCUCCCUCUCUGGAUUCUGUGACCCUCAAAGGGGAUGCCCCACAGGAGAGCCAGGGACACCCUGGACACUGCUGCCCGUCGAGGACCAGCAGUGGCCCAUGCUUGUCUUCUCGCCUGGAUGGCAUCAUGCCCUGUUCCCUUCAGGGACCCUUGCCCAGCUGUCCAGAGCCUUGGUGCUUCCUGUUAGCACUCAGGGCUCCAGGGCAGCCCCAACCACUUGCCCCUGCAGCCGUGCCGACAGCUGACUCUUCUGCUUGUGGAAGCUGUGAGGCAGUGGUGGCUCCAGGCAGGAUCCGGGUGGCAGGGGGCUAGAGGGGAAGGCGGAAAGGGUGGGAUGGGCCAGAGCAAAAGCACCGGUGCACAGCUGCUCAGCCAGUGCCCUGCGGGCGCCCCCUUGGCCGAUGAACGGUCGUCUGAGACAGUGAUGUGGAACAGUGACGCAUCUCCCAGGGAAGCCCUGCGCUAGCCAAAAGCUGGACAGCACCUCCCUGCCAGGUGAUUGAAGGGCGGGGCGGGCAAGGCGCAGGCAAAGCUGCUUGGAGCCUCAUAGCCUGGGGUGCAACAGGCACUCUCUCCUCCCCUUCUACAGGUGGGGAAGUGGAGA